UAUAGAAUACAAUAUGUACCUGAGGAGUCUAGCUCCUAGUUAAAAACCUAUGUAUGAUUUUCCAGAACUGACCAUAGGCAAUUACAAAGGCUUUAGCUGGCAGGCAUCAUGGGAGAAAGCUCUCCUUCCAGCACCAGUUUUGGGGUACAGUCAGUGCAUGGCAGCCUCUUGAAAACGUUGGAGUCAAGGACUUAAGCCACUCAGCAGUUACUGGUCUCCAUAGUCAUUAGUCACUCAGGCCCAUCAUGUUCUCGUAUUUGCCUUCCCUGCCCAUUGUAGAUCUCUUUACAUCAGGCCUGUUCAGGGUCCAAAUUCUUGUCAAGGUGUGUCUGCUGAGGUUUCUUUAUGCAAGGAGGAGGAAUACUUGAAAACAUUUCUUUUCACUGUGAUUCAGCACCUAGCUCUUUUCUACUUCUAGCCCUUCCCCUCACUCUCUCCUGACCUCAGAACUGCUGGAUCCUUUGGAGCUCCCUCGACAACCCACCCCCACUUCUGGCUGAGCCACCAACUUCAGACCAUCAAGCCUCGUCUUGCCCAGGCAUUUUCUCCCAUCACAGCUUUACUCAAAGCAUUACUUGAAGAAUCUUCAAGGUGCCACAUUGUAACAAUGAUUCAGCUGACAGCUACCCCUGCAAGCACGCUCAUUGAUGAGCCAGUGCACAUCCGAGCUACAGGCCUGUGUCCCUCUCAGAUAGUGAUUUUUCAGGCAACACUAGAAGAUGAAAAGGGGAACCUGUUUCAUUCUCAAGCCUACUAUAAGGCCAGUGAAGUUGGUGAGGUAGACCUGGAUCAUGCUCCUUCACUUGGAGGUGACUAUAUAGGAGUCCACCCCAUGGGUCUCUUCUGGUCCCUGAAACCUGAAAAAUUUUUAACUAAAUUGAUGAAAAGAGAUGUGAUGACUAGCCCCUUCCUGGUCCAGAUAAAACUUUAUGAUUCAAAUUUACCAUUAGCCCAGAUUGCCACCACUGAUCCAAAAGUCAGCGUGACUUUGGAGAGGUGGUACAGAGCACCUGGUGUCACACGGAUCCAAGUUCAAGAAGGCCACCUUCGGGGAGCCCUCUUUCUCCCUCCUGGAGAGGGCCGUUUCCCAGGGGUAAUUGACUUGUUUGCUGAUAUUGGUGGGCUGAUUGAAUACCGAGCCAGUCUCCUGGCCAGUCAUGGCUUUGCUGCGUUGGCCUUGGCCUACUGUGACUAUGAAGAUCUGCCUUUACACCCAGAAAAAAUAGAGUUAGAAUAUUUUGAAGAAGCUGUCAACUUUCUCCUGAGACAUCCGAAGGUCGUUGGCCCAGGCAUUGGGAUAGUUUCCAUAAGCAAAGGAGCAGAGAUUGGACUCUCCAUGGCUAUUCACCUAAAACAGGUCAUAGCCACCGUGCUUAUUAAUGGACCCAACUUUGUAUUUAGCACUCCACAGGUAUAUCGCGGUCAAAUUAGUCAGCCCUUGUCCUUCUCCCCACAGUUAGUAUCUAUCAAUGCCUUAGGGUUAGCACAGUUCCAGUAUUGUUUUGAGGAAGCUAGAAGUAAAGCCAGUGAGACCUUUUUUCUCCCCAUUGAAAAGGCCCAGGGACAUUUCCUCUUCAUUGUGGGAGAAGAUGAUAAGAGUAUCAACAGCAAAGCAUAUGCUGAGCAAGCCACAGAACAGUUGAGGAGAAAUGGGAAGGACAAUUGGACCCUGCUCUCUUACCCUGGGGCAGGCCACAUGUUAGAGCCUCCCUAUUCCCCACUGUGCUGUGCCUCACAGCUCUCCAAACUCCACCUGUUCAUGCAGUGGGGAGGAGAGGUGACCCUGCAUGCAGCUGCACAGGAGCAUUCUUGGAAGGAGAUCCAGAAGUUUCUCAAGAAGCAUCUCAUUCCAGUUGUGACCAGUCAACUCUGAGAAGAGAAAAUGUUCCUGAGAAAUAGAGAAGCAAUAUCAGACCUUCACUUGAUUUUCAUGGAACAAUGUCUUUGACCUCUUAUUGCGGGAGGUUAUAAUAAGAGAAAGCAAGAGGAUGGCAAUGGUCAUGUCUUGACUUGGAAAGGGAAAAAUGGUUCCCACUUAAUCCAGCAUCAUACACAGAGGAUUUUCUAUUUUGAAACAUAAAUUUAGGGCUCUACCUGCCCUAAAAUUUUCCAGUUUAUAAUUAUAAUAGCAAUUCUCUGGAGGAAGAAAGUUACCAAAAUGAACUACAGAAUCCCGUUUUAUAAAACAGACGUGUGUAGAAUCAGGUGCUCAUAUUUGCCGAUUUCUUAAAAUUCAAAUUAAAUAUGUUUAGAUUUCUCAUUGAAAAUAUGCUCAUGGCUCAUGGUUACAUCAUUGUCACUGAAAAACUAGAGCAUUAUUUUAAGGCAAUAUGGAAGCUGAUACGGAGGUAACAUGAUUGAGUCGGUCUACAAUCAAUUCAACAAAUGCUAAUAAAAUGAAAUAAUUUUUGUGUCUAAA